AUGUGUUCUCAACACAUACCAUUAAUUCUCUUUUCAUCGUGUGGUGAAAUAUGUAUAAUAACGAAAACAUUCCUUCAACACCUGCCACCUCAGGCAUUUCUUUUUGCCACCUCAGGCACUUCUGGUGUACUUCUUUCUAGAAGUUUCACCAAUGCCAACAAUACAACAAAUAAUACUAAUAAGAAUUUCCUUCCCAAGUGUUGUAGAUGCUUGACUUUGGAUGAUAGGACCAUAAAAGAUGGAGCCUUAUCGUCCGUCUCAUGCUCUCUAUCAUUGUCUCUUCUUGUGCCUUUGGCAAGAAAGGUCGGUGCUGAGUUCAUCGGGACCAUCAUUCUUAUGUUCGUCGCCACUACCGCCGCCAUUGUCAACGAGAAGACAAACGGCUCUGAGGCUCUCAUAGGUUGUGCUACCACCACUGGUCUUGCUGUUAUGAUCCUCAUCUUUGCCACAGGCCACAUCUCUAGUGCUCACUUCAAUCCUGUCGUCAUCCUUUCCUUUGUUGCAUUGAAACAAUUCCCUUGGAAACAUGUGCCUAUGUAUAUUGGUGCACAAAUUUUGGCAUCGAUUUGUCCCACAUUUGCUCUGAAAUGGGUUUAUCACCCUUUCAUGAGUGGUGGAGUCACAAUUCCUUUAGGAGGAUACGCCCCACUUUUUGCAUUGGAAUUCAUUCCUUUCUUUAAUCUAAUGUUCGUUGUCACUGCAAUAGCCACUGUAGUAGCCACCGACACGAGAGUUGUGAGUAUAUUUUUCUCUUCUCAUUACAUCCUUCAGAUGUGA